AUGGCAGAGAGGAACGGACAGGUGCAGGCCUUAGGAAAGGCAGAAAUCGAUGAACUCAUUGGAAACUCCCUCAGAUCAGGGGAUACAGGAGAGCACCCCUAUUUUUUGCAACAGAAUAAUAUAUAUUGGGAAACUGGGCAUCGAACAUACAUUCCUUUUUUUCAUUUUUUGAUUCACAAGUACACAAACAAGAUAGUGGACGAUCAGAUUAGGAAGUUCACCAACGGAAUGCGAAGCGUGCAUCACACACCCUUCGUAUUUCACAAGGAUGGCUAUUUCAGAAAUUAUUAUGGAGAUCCGGAUGUCAAUAUGGUUUUCCACUUAAAGAAGAGCCCCAAUUUUGUGUUCAACUCCACGGGCACUUUGAAUUCGUACAACCUCCUCGACAAUAACUGCUCUUACGAUAAGCCCACACAUAUUUUCAACCAAGUGAUUUUGAGUGCCUUUAAAAUGGACUUGAAAAAUGUCCUGGGGAAUGUUGUACAGUGA